UCAGAUGAAGCGGUGUCUCUGUCAAUCUAAUUGCAUCAAUCUGAUAUUAUUGGUAGUUGCUGCUUUAACUUUAUCUGGACAUGCUGAAUAUGAUGGAGACGUUACUUCGGAAUCUUCCGGUUUAGUUAAAGUGUUUCACAAUGGUAAAUGGGGAUCCAUUUGCAAAGAAAACACUUCUCAUGUGGAGGCGAAAGUGAUAUGUCGGAGCUUAGGCCGCAAAUAUUUAUCUCAUGGAGGAAUUUCUUCAUCUUUACCUGCCUAUAUGAGCUCAGUGACAUGCAGAGGGGAUGAAAUGUCACUUGUAGAUUGCCAUAAUGCCACUUUGUCAAGUUACUCAUAUUGCUCUUCAUCCCCAAAGCUUUAUGUCAGAUGCAAGGAAAAUCCAACUGAGACAUAUUGCUCAUUUGAUAACGAUAUGUGUGGGAUGGCUAGUGAAGGCACAGUAUAUAAAUGGAAACGUAUUUAUCCCAAGAAACAUUCAAGACUGUCAGGACCUGAAAAGGAUCACACAACCAAAAGUAGUAAAGGGAAAUAUAUGUUUGCUUCUUCUGUUGGUUUUCCUGGACAAAGAGCAUAUCUGAAGAAAGUCUUUAACAACUAUAUCGGGAGUAUUAGUUUCUAUUAUCACAUGUUUGGAAAAGACAUGGGAAGCCUAAAUAUUCAUAUUCAAACUAAUUCCAGCAAAACUGAAAUUGCAUCUAUAUCAGACAAUCAAGGUGAUGGAUGGAAAUAUCUAUGUCUACCUGUAGCAGUGAGAUAUGGGUAUCAAGAAAUCGUAUUUGAAGCAUUCCAUGGAAAUGGUACUGAAGGUGGUAUUGCUCUUGAUGACAUGACUAUAUCAACAGAGAACUGUUCACAAUGGAAUGUUAGCUGUAAUUUUAAUGAAAACACUUGCAAUUAUGAUAUUGAAAAUAAUGAGAUAAGUGGUGGCUGGAGAAUUGAGAAGAUAUCUGAUCUGGAAGAUCAUUCUAAUUAUGGAGAUUAUUUGGUAUUUCAUAGUAACUACAAUACAGUGAAUAGAAACUCCCUGAUAUCGCCUUUCAUUGAUAUUCCGUUGUUGAAAGCCAAAGUUACAUUUUAUUACUACAUGCCUGGGAUUGCAAAUGGUGAGCUACAAGUAAGAUUUGUGGAGGAUGGACUUGAAAAAUGGUCUUCUAAAACUCCAUAUUUCUGGCAAGAUUUUGGAGACCAUGGAACUAAAUGGCAAUAUGGUUGCAUGAAUCUACCAAGUAAAAAAGGAAGAAUCAUAUUCAUUGGCUUUUCUGGAAGGUUAAAAACUUCUAAAAUCGCUCUUGAUGAUAUUGUCAUUGCUGAAGGCCUUUGUCAGACUGGGAUCACAAAUCAUGUGUGCACCUUUGACAACCCAUUACUUUGUAAAUACAUAAUUACUUGUAUGAACCCCAGUGAAUAUACGUGGAGGAGGAUUAUUGGAGGAACACCAACAAAUGGAACAGGACCUGACACUGACAAUUCAAAUAGUAAAGAUGGAUACUAUAUUUAUGCAGAAUCUUCUUAUGGAAAGCCUAUUGAUACUGCAGAGUUGAAGUUUCCAGUUUCUAAUGUCAAAGAAAAAAGUCUGAAGUUUGCAUAUAGUAUGCAUGGAAGUGGAAUUGGUCAAUUAUAUGUAAAAUUUAAAAAUAAAUCUGAUGAGAAAAUAGUAUGGAGAAUGAAAGGAGACCAAGGAUUAUAUUGGCACAAAGUGUGUUUAUUUAUUGAAUAUGACAUAAAUGAUAUCAUCUUCAUUGCUGAAAGAGGAGACUCCUACCUGGGAGACAUUGCAAUAGAUAAUGUCUCUGUUGAAAUGAAAGCAUGCCCUGUAACAUUCUUCAGCUGUGAUUUUGAAGAUACAAAUAUGUGUGGUUUUAAAAGUUUCCCAGAAAGAGAUUCUUGGACUUUAAGUAAUGGUUUGUCUAGUCAAAGACCAAAACUUGAUCAUUCAGAAAGAACUUAUGAAGGUCAGUAUGUGAUGUCAAGUUCUAGAGGGUUAAGUCGUCUAGAAUUACCUACAAUAACCAUAGAAGAUACUUUCUGUUUGAACUUUUAUUAUACAUUCUUUGGUAAUGGCAAUGUAUCAGUCUAUAACAACGAUACUUUCCUAAUGGGUCUUUCUAAAUUUGAUGUUGAUAACUGGAGGAAUGUCAAAAUUACUCUACCAAAAGGAAGACACAAUAUUUCUUAUAUAUACUGGAAAAACAACACAUAUGGAACUGUGGCAUUUGAUAGUGUUUCAACAACCCCAGGAAAGUGUUCGCAUACAGACUGUGGGGAAAACUGGAAACUCUGUAAUAAUAACUACACAUGCUACCCUUAUACAGCAAAAUGUGAUGGGAUAAACAAUUGCCCUGAUGGAGAAGAUGAAUCUAAUUGUACAAGUGGAAAACGAAAAUUUAGAUUAGUUGGUGGCCAAAGUUUGCUGUCGGGAACAGUGGAAAUGCUUAAUGGUUCACAAUACUCACCAAUAUGUGCAUACAGAUUCUUACUGGAAGGAGCGAAACAGAUCUGCUCUGAAUUUGAUGUCAAUGGGACUGUAACUUUCCAAACAAAGAUUAAAUAUUUGACUGAAGAAUACUUUACUUGUGUUUAUCGUGAGAUUAACUGUUAUAAGAGAGAAUGUUCACAUCGCUGUUAUUGUACGUCACUUUAUGUGACUUGUUCUAAUACAACUUGUGAAGAUGGUGAGGUUAAAUGCCCUCCAGGUCGCAAUGGAACCAAUUCUGCAGAUGUAUGCAUUCGCCAAGAAAGUUUAUGUGAUGGGGAGAUUGAUUGUGAAGAUGGUACUGAUGAAGAGAUUUGUGAUCAAUGUACAGAUGAACAGUGGCAAUGCAGAGAUAAGAAGUGUAUCAAGAAAGACCUUCGUUGCAAUGGUAUUGAAAACUGUGAGGAUGGUUCAGAUGAAUUUCAUUGCUUUAGAUACAUUGGCAAAACGAUUAAAUUAUUUUACAACGACUCAUAUAAAUAUAUCUGUGAAAACAACUUGAAAAAUGAAAGAAUUGCAAAACAGUUGUGUUCCUAUGUUGGAAGAAGUAAUGGAACAUUUGGUGAUCCAAUUCUAGGAGAUGGUGUAUUAUUCACAUCCAAGAUCUCAAAUAACACUAACCAGUUGAUUCCAGGUUUUGAAACCAUGUCCAUAGGGAACUGCAGCAUCAUGGUUCUGAACUGCAAUGAACAACAAUGUGGAAAUCAAAAUAUGAACUUAAUUGAACCCAAUAUUAGAUAUGGACAAAAAUCUUUGGAUGGUAAAUGGCCAUGGGCUGUUCAAAUUUUUGCAAGUUCCAGAUUGAUUUGUACUGGAGUUAUCAUCAACAGUCACUAUGUGCUUAUUGCUGCUCACUGCUUAAUAUAUGUAGACAUAUUUGAUUAUUCUAUAAGAGUUGGAUCUGUGAAGAAGAAUCAAGGAACAAAAUAUAAUGUGUUUCAAUCUUCGAAGCAUGAACAAUUUGAUAGCAGCAAUUAUAAUAAUGAUAUUGGACUGCUUUAUGUAAAAAGUGAAAUUAAGAUGUCAGCAAAUGUGCAACCAAUUUGUCUUCCAGAAAGCCCUGCACCCAAAGACAAAGAAUGUUAUGUGAUUGGAUGGGGUAUGAAUGAAAAGGGUAAUUAUCCAACAACUUUACAUGAAACCAAGGUUUAUUUGUUAGAAGAUUCAUUUUGUAAGAAAUAUUAUUCACGUAUUGGUAAUACUACAUUUUGUGCCAAUCAUAGAGAAGAUAACCAACCAACUUGCUAUGUCGACAGUGGAGGCCCAUUAGCAUGCCGUGAUACAUAUGGUAACUGGGUAGUAUAUGGUAUUACCAGCUUUGGUAAGUACGAAUGUACUGGACCUGACUCAUCUCCAGCAGCAUUUACUGAUGUCUCUAAAUUGGUGAUGUGGAUUGAAAAAAAUGCAUAAAAAUUGCAUAUAGUCUGUUUUUUGACAAUGUUCAAGGUUAUUGAGUACUUCAAUGUAAACUGACUUUAUUAAUUGCUUAUUAUUAAUUAUUUAUUAACGUAGAAUUAUUCUACAAUUAAUAAUCAUCUAAUCUAACUUGAUGAUUUAGACUUCCGGCGGAUUUCAUGUCUACUUAUUUUUCUUUUGUUUUCGUUAUCAAUGUUUUGUAAAGUUUGAAUUAUAAAUGUAAUCAUGAACAACUUUAGCUUAAACUUUAAGAUAUUUAUUGUUUAAUUAAACAUUAAUUUUCCAGGCAAUACUACCAAUCAUAUUCUUGUCUUGGGUGCUCCACACUCUGGUAGUUUCUUAGGGAUGCUGUAAUGGCAUAUAGUAUGUUUUGAGCAUUUUUAGACCUGGCAAAACCCAACUCACUUCAAGUCUGGUGAAUGUUAAUCUCUUUUAGAAGAAAGGAAAAUAUCAGACAUACAGAAUGAAGGAGCAAAAGAAAGAGAAUAAUCUACUUCAUUAUAGAACUGAUACAUUAUUUCUUGAACCUCAAAUGAUAAAGUUAAUGACAAUGGGAUUUGAACUCACAGUGUAGAGAACUGGAAAAUUAUUGUUCAAUAAUCUAUCUGUCACUCUAAUGACCCUGCCAAAUUUACCGCUUCCAUUAUAUGCAUUGCAACAGGUGAAAGAAAUAACAAUUUUGUUCAUUAUGUUUAUGCAUAAAAUUUCAUUUGCAUAUAUAAAAGAAUUUAUUGUAAAAUAAUUUUAGAUUUAGAAAGAAACUCAAGCUGGUAUGAGAGUACAAUGUACCUUCCUCAAAAUGCAGUCAACUUGUCAGCUGUCUUACAACUAUGCUAAUAUUCAAGAAACAAAAAUAUAUUAGAUAUUGAAGUUACAUUCAUUCAGUUACUUGUCAUGUUCUUCCUUUUCUCUUGUGAGGUUUAACUUUAACUCAGCUAAAUUUACCAUAGAUUGAAUUUAUUACAUAUAUAUUUUGAUAUACAUAUUUGCGUAAUGUAUGGUGCCUACAUGUUGUUAACAUUUGUAUUCAUUAAAAUAUUGUGAAAUAUUCUCAAUGAUCAGGGAUUUUAUAAUUAUAUA